CCUGCGCCCCAGCCCGGAAGCGGGUGUUCCGCGUGGCGGGCCGGACCCCCGGCCCCGCGGCGCCAUGGCAACGGCCUUCAGCAGCGACGGGGCGGCCGCGCUGCGGCGGGAGCUGCGCCCGGCGGCGGCGCCGCGGGGAGACCUCGACGGCUUCUACGAGAUGGGCCGGGCCGCCGCCUUCGUGCGGGGCGGCGGGUUCCGCAAGGUCGCCCUGCAGUUCCCGGACGAGCUCCUGGCGGACGCGGCGGCGGUGGCGGCGCGGAUGGAGGCGGAGACCGGGGCCGAGAUGUACGUCCUGGGAGACACCACGUACGGCAGCUGCUGUGUGGACGAAGUGGCCGCCGAGCAUGCGGGCGCCGGGGCCGUGCUGCACUACGGCCGCGCCUGCCUCAGCCCCUGCGGGAGGCUCCCGGUGCUGCACAUCUUCGGGCAGGAGCCGCUGGACGUCGGGCGUUGUGCAGAGGCUUUCCGGGAGCUCUACCCCGACCGGCAGAGCCGCGUGGUGGUGCUGAGCGAUGUGGUCUAUGCCCAUGCGAUGGGUGAGCUGGAGCAGCAGUUGAGCCCCGAGUACCCCUAUAUCGUCUUCUCCAGGGUGGUUUGUGGGGACCCUCCUGUCCCCGUGCCACCCGGGGAGGUGCGGCAGUUCGGUCGCCAGUUCCUGGUGGAGGCACCGGGAGGGCUGCAGGAUUACGCCAUGUUCUACGUGGGAGCUGAGGGCCUGGCCCUCACCUGCUUCAUGCUGACCUGGAACCGCUGCCCCUUCAGCUCCUUUGACCCAACGACUGGCUGCGGCCGCCGGGAAACACUCAAUGUCAACAGGGCACUGAUGCGGCGCCUCUACCUGGUGGAGCGGGCCCGGGAUGCCCGGGUGGUGGGCAUCCUGGUGGGCACUCUCGGCGUGGCGGGCUACUUGGCUGUGCUGCAGCACCUCCGUGAGCUUCUGCGCCGGGCCGGCAAGCGCAGCUACACACUGGCCGUGGGGAAGCCGAAUCCCGCCAAGCUGGCCAACUUCCUGGAGGUGGACAUCUUCGUCCUGGUGGCCUGUGCUCAGAACUCCCUGCUGGACUCCAGUGACUUCUACCGGCCUGUGGUGACGCCCUACGAGCUGGAGUUGGCCUGUAACCCGGCUCGGGAGUGGACAGGGAACUACCUCACUGACUUCCGAGACCUGCUGCCAGGUGCCUGUGCGCAUGUUGAGCUCCCACCGGCCGUCCCUGCAGCAGAGGUUAUUCCUGACAUCUCACUGAUCACCGGGGAGAUGCGUGCUGCCCAACUCUGUGACCCCCCAGACCCCCAGCUGCCCCCCGGCACUGCCCUGGCCUGCAGGGACCAGACACGGGCCCUUAUGGAGAUCAGCCCUGCUGCCUCCUUCCUGGAGUCCCGCAGCUGGCGGGGCCUGGAGCAGCAGCUGGGGCAGACACCUGUCUCCAAGGCUGUGCAGGGCCGACGAGGGAUUGCCAUUGCCUACGAGGAUGAGGGGCACCAGCAACCCUGAUUCGGCAGGAGCAGGGCCCUGUGGGGGCCUGGGCAUUGCCUGAAACUGGUGUUUGGACCUGUGUGGGUCUCAGAAGGAUCUGGACUUGCUGCCAGCUGACCCCGCACCAGAUGCAGCCUUGGGUCAGUAGCACUGCGGUGAGAGAGCGGGAGUUGCAUGUGUGCUCAGGGAUGCCUGCAGCAGCCUGGGGCUCAUGGCCAGGGCAGCAGCAGGACCAGGAGAGGUGCUUAGCCCAGACCUGGCCAGCCUUGGGCCCAAGUGGGAAAGGUCACAGCUUUGCUCGAGCUGGUGGCACUAGGACUUGAGGCUCGUGUGGGCUCCUGCUGAUAACUAAAGCUGAACUGAAAAGGACUUGUGAGUGAGUUGUAUUCUAGAAUAAAAUGUGAGCUGAGGAGCACGGA